AUGGCCGCCGUCAGCUGUCCUGGGGAAAAUCUUAGACCAAGUGAAGUGGACAGAGAAUUGGAAGAAGAACUUGAUUCAGAAAACUCUGCUGACAUAUUUGAUGAUGACUCGGACAACGAUCCAACACAUAAUCCUAAUGAUGAUCCAUCAUCUUCAAAUAGGCCUUUCAUGCCAAGUAGGCCUGUGUUGGAUUCUUUGUCAGAUAGUAAUGUGGAACUUUCACAAGACAGACCUAGAUCUCAACCAACUAAGAGAGAAAGUAAGUCUUUGAAUAUUAUUCAUCUUUACACACUAUUGUAUAGCCAUUGCACCGCAAAUGCUACAUCAGAAUAUACAUUAUGUUUAUUUUGCAGGAAGGUGUACGCUGUGGAAAGAGAUGAAGGCAGAUUCCAAUCCCUGAAAGAGAUGAUAGCCAACAGUGGAGCAGACAAUGUGGUGACUUUACACAGUGAUGUCACAAAACUAUCGUUGGAAAAAUACAGUGAUGUGGAAUACAUACUGUUGGACCCCACAUGCUCCGGGUCUGGUAUGAGAGACAGGCAACCACGUUCUAGUCUGCAUUCCUCUUCUGACAAAGAGCGCCUGUACAAACUUCAAGGGUUCCAGCUGACGUUGAUCAGGUUCGCUUUCACCAAGUUCCCGGCAGCCAAACGCGUUGUCUACUCAACCUGCUCUCUCAACGUAGAAGAGAAUGAGGAGGUAGUGCAGGCUGCCCUCAACAGCAAGCACCACGAAUUCCAGCUGGUGAAUGUGUCUAAGAAGUUACCAGGAUGGAAAAGUUUUGGUUCGGAAGACUUUGAAUUUGGUACAGAAUGCAUUUAUUCUCGCCCAGAAACAGAUUUAACCAAUGGAUUUUUUGUAGCAGUAUUUGAGAGGAAAAAACAUUACUCCAGAGAUGAUACAAGGUCUGUGCCAGAAAAUAAUCAAGAUUAUAUUGAAGAUAUGAAUAAAAAGGUCUGUGAAAAUGGAUCUUCUAAGUAUAAAAAUGAUGAUACCAAAGUAAAGUACAACACUGAAAAUGAUUUAGACAGAGAAAACAAAUCAGUGAGAGGUAACAAAAACUAUUUCAACUAUGAAAAUAAUAAGAGUGAACAAGAUACAUUGAAAAAAAGAAUGCAUAACAGUAAUGAAAACACUGAUCAAAAUUCAGGUCAUAAAAGGUUUUUUUUAAACAGGACGUUGUUGAUAAAAAUGUAAACAUGCCAGAAACUGAGCAUAGUUCCAUUUUAAACAUGGAGAGAAAAGUAUACAAAUAUGGUUCUCCCAAGAAUAAAUUUGAUAGUACUAAUGUGAAAUGUACCAUUGGAAGUACUGAGGGUGGUGAAACCUCAAACAUAUCAAGAACAAAAAGUAAAAAGAGUAAUGAGAGCUAUGAAAGUGGUGGAUAUGAACAAAAUAUAUUCAAGAAAAGAAAAGAAAGCAGUAGUGAAAACAAUGAAAAUUCAAGUCAUAAAAGAUUUAAAGAUGAUGGUCAUAAGAAUAUAAAAAAAUCAUCUAGUCAAGAACAAUUUGAUAAAGAAGAUAAUAACAAAAUGGACUUCAGUGUUCCACAGAAUAGAUUGGCUUCAAAAGUCUUAACAGUCUCUCAAAAGAAACGUUUGAGACAAAGAAAAUUAAAGAUUUCUAAAAAGUUGGUCAAUAAAACCAAAUUAACAGCUGAUGAUAAUCUUAAAACAAAAAAGAGCAAAAACGGUUUAAUUGAAAUUUCUGGUAAGAAGAAUCAUGAAAAAGACGACUCACAGAGUACCUGUAGUGCAAAAAUUAAAUUAUUCUCUAAGGCCAAAUUGAGAUAUGCGAGAAUGAAGAAGUUAAAGGAAAAAGUUAAUAAAAAAAUGAAUAAGCCAGAUGCUACUGAAAUAGACAGUAUUAAUAAUAAAACAAAGUUAAGAAAAAAGAAUAAAAAUAAAAAACAAAUAGAUUCACAAGAUAGUGUUGAUGGCUUAAGUAAAUCUCAUGAUGAAGAUAACACAUCUAAAAUAAAAACCCACAGUAAAAUUAAAACAAAUAUAAGUGAACAGUUAGUUGACAAUGAGCAAGCUAUUGAUAUAUCAAAUAGCAAAUUAAUUAAGUCCAAGAAAUCCAAAAAAGAGUUACCAAGAAAUGAGGCUUUAUCUGAAGUCAGUAAGAUUCCAAAUGAGGAAAAUAUAUCUAAGAAAAAAAAGCACAAGAAAAAAGAUUCUGAAGAGUUAGCAGAAAAUGAAGAAAAGUUAUCAGCAGUAGAUGAGGAGGCUGUAUCUGAAAUUAGUAAAAUUCCAAAUGAAGAAAAUAGAUCUAAGAAAAAGAAACACAAGAAAAAACAUUCUGAAGAGUUUGCAGAAAAUGAAGACGAGUUACCAGCAGUAGAUGAGGCUUUAUCUGAAAUUAGUAAUAUUCAAAAUGAAGAAAAUAUAUCUAAGAAAAGAAAGCACAAGAAACAACAUUCUGAAGAGUUUGCAGAAAAUGAAGACGAGUUACCAGGAGUAGAUGAGGCUUUAUCUGAAGUUAGUAAUAUUCAAAAUGAAGAAAAUAGAUCUAAGAAAAAAAAGCACAAGAAAAAACAUUCUGAAGAGUUUGCAGAAAAUGAAGACGAAUUACCAGCAGAUGAGGUUUUAUCAGAAGUUAGUAAUAUUCAAAAUGAAGAAAAUAGAUCUAAGAAAAAGAAGCACAAGAAAAAACAUUCUGAAGAGUUUGCAGAAAAUGAAGACAAGUUACCAGCAAUAGAUGAGGCUUUAUCUGAAGUUAGUAAUAUUCAAAAUGAAGAAAAUAGAUCUAAGAAAAAAAAGCACAAGAAAAAACAUUCUGAAGAGUUUGCAGAAAAUGAAGACAGUGUCAAAGAGAAAACUUAAUCUCAAAAUUCAUAGAAAAUGAAUUUAAAAAAAUUUAAAAAGAAGAAACAAAAAAGAAGGUUUUCAGUACCAAAUAUUGAACUUCUAUUGUUAGAAAAUAAUUUAAACAUCAAUAAACCUUAGUGCUAUACAUUACAAAAAUAAGAAAACAAUUAUUGUAAGAUUAAAGAAAAAAAGAAAACGUCUGGUACUAUAGUUAAGACAUAAAUUUGACUAUUGAUCAUAAAAUAAUCACUGACAUGAUCUGCAUCAUAAAAAAAUUCUAUUAAAACAACUUUUUUAAAUAUUUUACUAUAGAUGUUUAGUUAGAAACCUAAGCGAACAAAAUGCUAAUGAAACACACAUGCUUAACAAAAAAUAAAAACCAAUGACAUUGUUAAGCAAAAUGAACAUUAUUGUUAAAAUUGUGUAAAAGUAGUUUACUUAUCCGUGAUUAUGUACAUUUUAAUAAAUGUAGUUAGUUUUGUAUUUCAUUUCACAUUUUUUGGGAAAAUUUCAUUUCACUCUUAAAAUAUAUUUUUAUAUUGUUUGGACUUGUGCGUUUAAUUGUUAUAUUAUUUGUGUUUUUUUCAGUUUUAUUGUAAAAUGAGAAUUAAAUGGUUGUUCAGAAAUUCUGAA